UUUGCCAGCUUACCCCUUGAGAGAUUCUGUCCAUUGGUGGGUUAAACCAGAGGUUUGCUGUGCUGGCAGCCGAGGACAGGCGCUGCCUGUGAGAAGGAGGUCAGGAAACGGGGCUGAACUGAGACGACUGUCAGAUCCCUGCUCAGGGCUGAAUGUGCAGGGCCCCCUCCCCCUCAGUCUCGCUCUUUCUCUGGCGCUGUGGCUCGGCGGCGGCGGCACUCAGCACCGAGCCGCGGAGCAGACAGGGCUUCACGCUCGUCUCGCGAGGCCAGGGAGGGGGCCCCCCGCCGAGCCACGUGCAAUUACAGGCCUGCCUUGUGCUUCCUUCGCAGAGAGAGCUCGACGCCACCGCCACAGUACUGGCCAACCGACAGGAUGAGAGCGAACAGUCCAGGAAAAAGCUCAUUGACCAGAGCCGCGAGUUCAAGAAAAACACGCCAGAGGAUCUGCGCAAGCAGGUAGCUCCGUUACUGAAGAGCUUCCAAGCAGAGAUUGACGCCUUGAGCAAAAGAAGCAAAGAAGCAGAGGCUGCCUUCUUGAAUGUAUACAAGAGAUUAAUCGAUGUCCCAGACCCGGUGCCUGCUCUGGAACUCGGGCAGCAGUUGCAGCUGAAGGUCCAGAGGAUGCACGACGUGGAGACGGAGAACCAGAAGCUGCGCGAGACGCUGGAGGAGUAUAACAAGGAGUUUGCAGAGGUCAAGAACCAAGAGGUUACAAUCAAAGCACUUAAGGAGAAGAUCCGGGAGUACGAACAGACUGUCAAGAACCAGGCGGAGAACCUGGCUCUGGAGAAGGAGCAGCAGCUUCACAAUGACUAUGCAGAGAAGGAGAGAAAGCUACAGGAAUCCCAGGAGUCACUGGCCUCCAAGCUGGAAGAGGCAGAUCACAAGGCCCAGUCACUACAAACAGCACUUGAAACAACUCAGGCAGAGCUUUUUGAUCUAAAGACCAAGUACGACGAAGAGUCCACGGCAAAGGCUGAUGAGAUUGAGAUGGUGAUGACCGACCUGGAGAGAGCUAAUCAGAGAGCAGAGGCAGCAGAGAGGGAGGCCGAGGCCUUAAGAGAGCAGCUGACGUCCGCCAACAAGUCCCUGCAGCUGGCCACCCAGAUCCAGAAAGCCCCCGACGUGGAGCAGGCUCUAGAGGUGCUGUCACGCUCCAGUCUGGAGGUGGAGUUGAGCGCAAAGGAGCGGGAGAUCGUGCAGCUGGUGGAGGAUGUGCAGAGACUGCAGGCCAGCCUGAGCAAACUGCGCGAGAACUCGGCCAGCCAGAUCUCCCAGCUGGAGCAGCAGCUCAGCUCCAAGAACUCCACCCUCAAGCAACUGGAGGAAAAGCUGCAGGAGCAGGCAGAUUAUGAAGAAGUCAAGAAGGAGCUGAAUAUCCUGAAGUCCAUGGAGUUUGGGCCAUCCGAGGGUUCGACAGCACAGGACUCCUCCAAGCCCCUGGAGGUGCUGCUGCUGGAGAAGAACCGGGCCCUGCAGUCCGAGAGCGCCGGCCUGCGCAUCGCCAACAGCGAGCUGAGUGGGGCGGCCGGGCGGAAAGGGAAAGAGGCCCAAGCGGAGAGCCAGCAGCGCGUUCCCGCCACCGCCAACACAGCCGCCACCCGGCAGGGCUCCCCCCCUCCUCCAGCCCCCUCCCAGCUCCUCCUGCGUGCCGGGACGAGCACCAACAGCUCAGGCGCUGCCGAGCCGGCCUCCAGCGCCAACGGCACGCACCAGUUCUCCCCUUCGGGGCUCGCCCAAGACUUCUUCAGCCCCUCCCUGGCUGGGCCAGGCAGCGCCUUUCCCCUGGCUGGCAAGGUGGCCCUCAACUCCCUGCUGCAGCGCCAGCUCAUGCAGACAUUCUAUUCCAAAGCCCUCCAGGACUCCCCCAGCGGCACCAUGCUCUUUGCCCCGGGGCCCUAUGCUGCCACCUCGCUGUCCGCCAGCCCCCUCCAGCAAUCUCAGCACCAGCCGGCGGGGAGCCCAGACGUCAACGGCAUGGCGCCCUCCCCUAGCCAGUCGGAAGGGGCGGGCAGCACCUCGGAAGGGGAGGACAUGGACACCGCCGAGAUCGCCCGGCAGGUGAAGGAGCAGCUCAUCAAGCACAACAUCGGCCAGCGCAUCUUCGGGCACUACGUGCUGGGCCUGUCGCAGGGCUCCGUCAGCGAGAUCCUGGCCCGGCCCAAGCCCUGGAACAAGCUGACCAUCCGCGGCAAGGAGCCCUUCCACAAGAUGAAGCAGUUCCUGUCCGACGAGCAGAACAUCCUCGCGCUGCGCAGCAUCCAGGGCCGCCAGAGAGAGAACCCGGGCCAGAACCUGAACAGAGUGUUUCAGGAGGUUCCGAAGCGAAGAACCGGCUCCGAAGGCUCCUCGCGGCCAGGCAACAUCACCACUAGGAUCAGGACCCCGGAGAGCGGCUCCGACGAAGCCAUCAAGUCCAUCCUAGAGCAGGCCAAGAGGGAGCUGCAGGUGCAGAAAGCAGCAGAGCCCCCCCCCCCUCAAAACUCCAGCGGGGUGCCGGGGGGCAGCGGCAGCAGCUCGGAUGAGGCUAUCCGCUCCAUCCUGGAACAGGCCCGCCGAGAGAUGGAGGCCCAGCAGGUGGCCCUGGAGCCGGUCCUCAAGGCCAGCUCUCUCUCCCAGUCGGAGCUCUCCCUGCUGUCUCCCAAGCUGCUGGCCUCUCACUCCUUGACCGCCAUCCAAGGCUUCUCUCCCCUGGCUCUGUCGCUGAAGAAGCCCCCCGUCUCCGCCUCCUCCGCGCUCCUCGACUUCCACUCCUCCGCCAUGAAGAAGGAGAGCGGCGAGUCGCCCAUCCCGGAGGUGCAGGGCGCGGCCGACGGGGGCUCCAAGCCGGGCCGCACCGCCGAGGGCGCUCGGGGCGGGGUUCCCUGGCGAGAGCAGUGGUGGAACACCGUGCACUCGGAGCGGCGCGGGGCGCCCACCCCGGGGGCCGAGGACAGCCGCAGCCAGGAGGACAGCAAGGAGAAGCCUCCCCGGUCGGCCGGCUCCUCAGCCGCCCCCACCUCCUCCUCGGACUACUGGAAGGACUGGCCGAGCGCCGAGUCUCCGUACUCGCAGGGCUCGGAGCUGAGCAUGCAGGGCCCCAGCCGCAGUGAGACCCCCCAGAGCAGCCCCCUGCCCUCCUCGCCGCUGCUGCCCCAGGCCAAGCCCGCCAAGCCGGUGGUGCCCCCACUCACCCCCGAGCAGUACGAGUUCUACAUGUACCAGGAGGUGGACACCAUCGAGCUCACGCGCCAGGUCAAGGAGAAGCUGGCCAAGAACGGCAUCUGUCAGCGCAUCUUUGGAGAAAAGGUGCUGGGCCUCUCUCAGGGGAGUGUGAGCGACAUGCUGUCCCGGCCCAAGCCCUGGAGCAAGCUGACCCAGAAGGGCCGCGAGCCCUUCAUCCGCAUGCAGCUGUGGCUGAACGGGGAGCUGGGCCAGAACGUGCUUCCUCUGCAGGGCCAGCCGCAAGAGAGCACCCCCAAAACCUCGGCCAGCUGCAGCCCAGCCCCCGAGUCGCCGCUGAGCUCUGCCGAGGAGUCGGUGAAGAGCCUGGGGGACUCCGCCGCCCAGACUCCUGCUCCAGAGCCCAACGAGCCCUCCGAGUCGCAGCCCGGCACCCCCCUGCCCGCGCCAGGGCACUCCGGACUCAGCAUCCAGGAGAUGGUGGCCAUGUCCCCAGAGCUGGACACAUACGUCAUCACCAAGAAGGUCAAGGAGGUCCUGACCGACAACAACCUCGGGCAGCGGCUGUUUGGGGAGACCAUCCUAGGCCUGACCCAGGGCUCUGUCUCAGACCUCCUGGCCCGGCCAAAACCCUGGCACAAACUCAGCCUGAAGGGGAGGGAGCCCUUUGUACGCAUGCAGCUGUGGCUCAGCGACCCCCGAAACGUGGAGAAGCUUAUGGACAUGAAGCGAAUGGAGAAGAAAGCCUACAUGAAGCGGCGCCACAGCUCGGUCAGCGAGAGCCAGCCGGCGGACAGCGGCCUGGCCGGGGGGGAGUUCAGCCAGGGGAGCAGUCCCCAGCACCAGCAGCACCAGCUGAAGAAGCCUCGCGUGGUCCUGGCGCCCGAGGAGAAGGAGGCCCUCAAGCGCGCCUACCAGCAGAAGCCCUACCCCUCGCCCAAGACCAUCGAGGAGCUGGCCAGCCAGCUCAACCUCAAGACCAGCACCGUCAUCAACUGGUUCCACAAUUACAGGUCACGGAUCCGCCGGGAGCUGUUCAUUGAGGAGAUCCAGGCUGGGAACCAGGGGGCGGCGAGCGAAGGGGGGUCCCCGUCGGCCCGGCUAGGCAAGGCGGGCGAGGGGGACAGCUGUGACGGGACGGAGUCCGACGGCACAGUGGAAGGCCGUCCGGGAGGGGCGCAGGGACCAGAGGAGUACGGGGGCCCAGCCUCGGAGGGAGAGGGGGCCGACCUCAAGGAGGAAGGCGGCCCCGAGACGCCCGCCCGCUCCCCUGCCCCGCAGGACGCCACUACCUCAGCCUCUAGCGCGCCCGGAACCAGCGGCCACAAGGGUGGCGCCAUCGCCAGCCUGUUCAGCUUCCCAGAGACUGCUCCCGCUGCCUCCCGGAACCCCAGGGACAGCAGCCUGCGCAAGAAGAAAGCUGCCAACCUCAACAACAUCAUCCACCGCCUGGAGAAGGCCGCCAGCCGGGAGGAGCCCUCCGAGUGGGAGUUCUGAAGCCGGCUGGGCUCUGCUCUUGUUUUACUUCACCUGCAGCCGGGGCGAAGCUGAGGAAGGAAAAAAAAAAGCGCAGAAAAAACUCAGAUCUUUUGGACUUUUCUUUUUCAGGGGUCAGGGUGGGAGAGUAGUUUGGAAGACUUUGUUGUCUGGUUUUUAAUAAGUAAAAAAAAGCACUUAGCCCUGCUGGCCACAGGGCCCAAACACCAUCGGCCAAUGGUGCAAAAGAAUACCAGAAACUGCGGACACCAAGGAGCAUUAAACAUCCCAGGAGAUUGUGCAGUUUCAAGGAUGAACACUCAAAGGAAGCAAUUGAUUUAUUUUUUUCCCCCAAGAGAUUCAUCUGCCGCUUCAAAGUGUUUUUAAAUACGUCUCCUCAGCGAGUUUUUUUCACACUGUCAAGCUGAAUAACUGUUACAACUUUUGCCUUUUUCUCUGUGUGCGCGUAUGAGUGUGUGUGUUUUUGGGGUUCUUAAUUUUUUCCUCCCAUUUUAUGCUUCGGUCCCAGCAAGAAGAUUAAAAGAAGGAAAGUCCGGAAGAAAUGCUGGAGCAUUUAAAAGCGCGAGUUUAGGAAGGGGCAGGGACUGACUGCAAACCCCCUCUCCUCUUUCUCACUCCUAAACUCUGUCCAACAAGCGGCCAUUUAAUGGCUGCAGAUUUUUCCAAUACACUAUGAACUACUUCGAGGAGAAAAACAAUUUUUUACAUUUCUUUUUUUUUUUCCACGGAAAAGAAAAAAAAUCGUUUUUAUAAGUAUUUGGUUGCCACUAAGAGAUUGCACAGUCUGCCGACUCUAAACAUGCUAGUUUGGAUUCCUAGAUAUUUGUGGGAGGGUGAGGGCAGGGGGGGCAUUGAAAAAUAACACUUGCUGGUUUAAAACGUCAAAAGAAAAAAGAAAACAUUAAGUCACUUAUUUUUUAACUAAACAACGAAACAAAGGUCAUGUUCAGGAAAAGAAAAAAGAAAAAAAACAAAUCUUGUAGUAGCUGAUUUUAGUGUUUUUUCGUAAAGUGAACUAGAACUCUUUGAUAAGUAGUGCACAUUUAUUUCAUAGCUUUAACUGAUUCCUGGGUCUUUCCUGAGGCCUCUGGGGGUGUCUUGUCUCACACACUCUGAGGCCAGAAUCAGGAAAAGGGUAAAAAAAAAAUAUCAAGGCGUACAUACGGAGAAGAUUUGAGUCUAGGUAUUUCUAAGAAAAGAAAAAAGAAAAAAAAGAACCUGCUUUUUAACCUCUAACCACAAAAAAAACACGCUGUUCAGACCUCAUACCUGGGAAGGCAGUGUGGCCAGGGGUUCGAGCACUAUGCAGGCUUGUACACAAUGCGCUGUGUGCCACACGUCAACAAAGAAACCUGUACAUUUCGAAAACAAACUGCUCACGUUUCAGUGGUAGAUGCUAGACGAUGCACAGCUCACUUUACUGUAGGAUUGGAGCUUUAUGUCCAAAAUCGCCUCCAGCUGGGCUGUUGAUGGACCAGCCAAGCCUGGAGUCGGAGUAGCUGGAGACUGCGCAUGGUGUGUGUAUAUAUGUGUGUUGUAAGAUUCAGAGGGCCUUCCUGCCUGUGAACCAGAGGGGAGAAGUGUGCUACUCUCAAUUUUCUAUCUCAUUAUGCACUCUUACAGCAAACAAUUUGCAGUACUUCAUAUUCCUCCAAUCCCCUUCCGGUCUCGGAAAUAUAUUUAUAGAGGAUAGCCUUGCUUUUUACACUAGAACCUUUUUCCAGGAUUGCAUUCACAGCACCAGCACCUCUUAGAGGUAGUUAACACAAAAUUACACACAAUCCAUGGUCUAGGCUAGAUUAAAAUUGCUCUCCGCUCAUUUUAUCUUUUUAGUCUCGUUUUCAGUGCAGUCUGCAUGUGAAAUUCUGGUUUCUUGGAAGACAUAGAAAUAAUCAGGAUUACCUGGGGCUUUUACUGAGCAAAACAAAGAUUGUUUAAUACCAAAGUCUUGCUUUAAGAAGUGCAGCCUAAUGUACCUUCCCAAACAGGGAUGCACUCUUCCCAUAGCAUUCACUACCAUUGUGUUGGCUUUUGAUUUCUGAGUUCUGUGGUGUGAUCAUAAAUGUCCACAGCCUGUGCACGAACAUCUCAUUUUACUGGGGGUGCAUUACACAAUAUUUAUUUUAUGUUACCAUGUUUGUGCAGGCUUGAAGUCGACCCUGCACCCCAUUUUUUCGGCUAGCUAAUAUGGUUUCUCCAGUUUAAUUCAGCUCAACACACGACUGAGCGAUAUUCAAGUACUGUAAAUGCAGGACUUGGUUUUGUUUGAUAAGAAAGAGUUAGGCGAGUGCUGUAGUGUGGUCUGCACCUGUUAUGAGGAUGUAGAGCUGCAGUAGGCAAAACUACAGUGUACACGUUUUGUGCUACUUUACUGGGUGUGUCAUUACAUGCACUUCGUUGUUAGUGGUUACACAGACAAAAUGUCAUGCGUUUAAACAGCUGACUUGACCGGGAUCUGUGCUCUGUGACAAAGGGCAGGGGAGCACUUGUCACAGUGCCUGCAGGCCCUGAUCUUCGGCGUUUUGCAUGCUUUGUAGCUGCUGGACGUUCUGGUACUCUUUCGGUAGAGACAGUGGCAGUCAGAAACGUUCGUCUUUUUCUUAAAACACGUAUUUACUGCAACUCGUUUAAAACUCAUGACCAAGGAUCUUUUAAGAACUCCCAUCUCUUAUUUUACAAAUGACUGUUAAUAAGUCUGAUUGCUGUUAAAAAUGCUAAUAGCUAAGUUACUGGCACAAAUUGCUUCUAGAAACAGUCGAGUCACAAAUCAAAUUACUCACUGAUUGACGGGGGGGGCAUGGGUGACUUUUCUAUUUGGCUACCCUGUGUAAAUAUAUCCGAUCUUGUCUCCUGAAAACACUCCUGUACUCGUGAGCAGUCCUGCUUUGUACAGUAUAUGCACAAUGGAGCGCGUGCCCACACACACAGCGCACAGCCCCUCUGACACAAGCUCACAGUGUGUCCCUGCCUGCUGCCUCCCUCCUUGUCUGUGUGUGAGUCGAGUGUGCGCUGGGCGAUGAGCAAACCAGAACACGAGUGAGUGUGGGGAGUGCGAAUGAGAUUUUAUAAAUCUGUACGUCUUUUUUUGUAUAUGUACCUGCGCACACAUAAAAGUGCACAACUGCCACCCUUUCUUUCUUUAUAAGCUGUUUUAUCAAUUUUGCGGCUUCUUGUGCCCUAGCUAAGUUUUAGAUUUCUUUUAUCGCCAUAUCUUAAAGACUUACUAUAGAGGAUUUCAAUAUAUUAAGAUUUUUUUUUUGUUGGCUUAUUUAUAGGUGCUGUAUUUUUUAUUUGAUGUCUUUAUUUUUGUUUUGUUUGUUUUUUAUGGAAGGGAUUAUGAGGGGGCAAGUUACCUUUUUUUUAGACUGAUAGACUGCCGGCAGUAUUGAGUAAUAUUUACAAGAUGUAGUUGUCAUACAUGUAUAUUAAUGAACUCUGAAGAUUAUUUUGACAGUGUCAUUUAUAUUGUUUUAAGAGAAAAACGGAAAAAUUAAGCAGUUGAUGAUGACGAUGAUAGCAUUAUAUGGUGCGUUUGCAGUUAUGAGUUAAUGUUACAGCUUUUUCUGUGCGUGUUUUGUUUCCCUUUGUUAGACGUCAUUAGAAAAAUAUUCUUAAGAGGACAAAAGUACAGAAAACUUCAGCGCGCUCAGUCGAAAUCAAGUCACAUGUCAGUCCUUAUUUUGGUUUCUUGAUUUCGUGUUUUGAUCCCGGUUUUUCUGCUCGGCUGCCCUGAGACGACGUUGUGGUCCCUGCACGCCAGGAGUCUUUUCUUUCAGUGAAUUUGGUGCCGUUUUCCCCUCAUGACUGUUGCACCAACAGACACACACUUAUUUUCUCAGACGUCUUUUUAAGCUUGGAGCAGCUCAGAAACAGAACCGCCUGUGAGGUAGACAAAAGAGAGCAGCAACAAGGGGCUCCUAGGACCUGCAGUUUGACUCCAGGAGGCUGAACCGUAGACCCGGUAAAGUUUUAUGUCGGAUUGUUCUGUAAAAGUUUCACCAUUUAUCUGGGUCUUUUAUGUUCCAUUGGGUUACUUAGUGCUGAAAUUCAGACUAAACACUGCAUCUCAAAGCUCUCAGCUGGGAAAGGGGCUGUUUUAACCCAAAGGACAGCUGUGUUGUAUGACACUGCACAAGGCGUGUAUAGUGAAUAACAGUACAACAGGUAAAAAUCUCAUACCAGGUGAUUUUAGUUGUUAGAAAAUCCACUGUAAUUAUUUGGCUGUAUAGAAAAGACAUAUCCUUAUCUGAUCAUUUCAGUGAUUUUUUUUCCUGUAGUAAUUUGUACAGUAUAUGGCCUAAAAUUGACUUCUCUAAAAAUGUUUUUAAAAAAUCAGUGGUUGUAUAUUAAUCAUGGGUCCAAUACUGUCGCUUAGAUCAUUUUCACCCUUCCAAAACACUUAUGAAUUAAACUUGUGUGGAUCAGAUAAAAACAAAUAUCUUAAAGUAUGUCCAGUUACUGUUGGUGAACGUGUUCAUCACAAUGUCUUCUUAUAUCCUGGACUAAUACAGGUAAAUAGAAGCUUAAUUUUUUAAGCCUUUUUGCAAAAUAGGUCAUACAACUUGUUUAAUUCUAUGAAUUGAUUUGUUGCUUGUAUAUCUAGAAGUGUAAUUGCAAAAAAAAGUAACUAAGAUGCAUAUCAAAACUAGUAUUAGCCUUAACACACAAGCUUAAGGUGUACAAAGCACAAGAACUAGAAGUGAGGACCACAUUUAAUUUUUACAAGAUUAAACUAUAAAAAUAGAUUUUGGUUUAUGAACUGCAUGAAAUCUAUUUACACGCCAUAUAAUCAGUGCUAAUUUUUUGAGUCGAUAAACUGUAUUUUCAUCAUAGAUAUUUUAUUUGUCUGAUCCACAAAGCCUAGUAAUAAUUCCCUAUUCUUUGAAUACCUGGUACUACCUAAGUAUUCUGCAGCAAAGAGCGUGCAAAUUGCUCACACAGAAGCACUUAAAUAGCACUUAUGUGUCUGAAUAGCUGGUAGUCAGAAGGCGCUGGGGGGUCCCUGCAGAGAAUUCUGGGAAGAUGUGCCUUGACACGUGGUUGCAAACCAAGCAGGGUCAGAACUGACACUGCAGCCCACUCCUGGGGUGAGAUGCCUUUUCAAACCAGUGGUUCCAAACCUUAGCACUCUUUCUCAGCCUAGUCUUUCAUUUUGCAAAGCAAGAGUAAUACAAUUACUCUGGAAGCACAGGGCUGUUGUCAGAAUAUGUCCCCGGGACUGGCACAGUUAAGAGACGGCCUGUUACUUUUCUUAUCGUGGUUACAAACCCAAAUCCUUGCUCACUGGCGAGGCCAGAGGGCAACCCUUUGAAUUUGUUGCCUUUGUAUUAAUUGGUUACAAACCAAAGCACUCCCAGAUUCCUGAAGCGUCUUGACCCCCUCUAAACCAAUCCAGCCAUCUCGCAAAACACCUUCUGCCACUGACCUUGAAAGUAUGGCGCUGUUCUCGGACCGACAUCAGCCCACAAGUUCUGUAGCAGGGGAAAAAAAUCAGUGAUGUGAUCGAUUGCAGGAGCUCCGUCUGACUUUGUUUGUUUUUGGAGAAGGGCUAGAAGGCUACACUUGGCUCCGUUAGUUGAGCAGUAGAUGGGGGCACAAAUGUGUUCCCCGUCUUAAUCUGUUUCCAUUCAUUUUACUCAACUCUUUAGGUACAUGUGUGUCCAAAAGCACAAUAAUCAUCACUGCCUUCAUCUUAUGUGGGUGUCAGGGUUAGUGCACACUAGCUGCCCAUCCUUGCCCUUCCCAUCGAGCAGCUUCGUUCUGCAGAAGCGGCAGCACACAUCAACAGCAACACCUUUUCGAAUCGUUUUUGCACAGUCGUAUUUAACGAGCCCAUCAUUCCAGCAAAGCACUUAAGCGGCCUGAGAGUGCCUUGGCAGCUGUCCGGGCUGCGAGUGUUGAUGUAAUUGAUGUCAGUGGGUCGGCUGUCCUGCAGUAAAGAGGUUCAGCACUGGAGCCUUACAUGUCACUUACGUGUCACUUAGUCUCUCUGCAUGCCAGCCCCGCACACGGAGCAGCACGGUCGGCUGUGUCUUGGUGUGGUCACAUGUCCAUACAGCCUUGUGCAGUCCCUGCAACUCAAGAAAGACAAACCUUUGAGAAGUGUUUAGCUGUUUUGCACGUUGAACUCGCAAUAGCAAAGACUUGCCUCAGCUUGUUCAUAUGUGUGGACAUACAUAUUUCAAUCUGUAAUUUAAUGCCACUAUCACCAUAUUUUACAUAUCAGUUUUUUAGUUGCUGGUAGCCGUUCUUUGAUUGAAUCUAAUACCCAGUGUCCAUUUUGUCGAUGUUUCAAAUCCAUAUAUUUUCAGAUGUUGAGAUCAUACAAUAAGCCUCCUGGAGCCAGUAUUGUAAAAGUAAAGAGCUUCUCUCUCUUUUUUCCUUUUCAAAGAAACAGUCUAUUGAAAUGCAUUAGGGGACUAGAGCCUUGUGCACAGGGACUGUGUGAUUCUACUGCAUUGUUUCAGCUUGGUUGUCUUGGAGUGUGCUGGCAUGUGGUGUCGCUGGUGUCCAGUGAUUUGCCACCCAAAGUAGGUCUUAAGGCCAGUGAGAUUAGAAGGAAACUUUAGCCAUUCAGGGAGCCUCACAGAGGGCUAGGUUGUAAUAUUGCUGAAAUUAGAUUUUCAGUGCCUGUAUAUCCACAGUACAUAGAUGACCAGCAGUGGGAAAUUUGUAUAAUUUUGCAAGGGUCUUCCAGUCAUGUGUUCUUUCCUGUCAUAGUGGUAAAUCUGAUGUUUUUUUAUGAAAUGGAAUGAAAAUUCCUGGUGAUUCGGGAUGAGUUAGGUUUCAGAUGUUCUCAAAACUCUGGGUUGGGUUUGAACUCUGCUGGUGACUACUGGCAUCACUGCUAUAGCCCCUGUAGUGAUAGACUGCAAGCUGCCAUGUGGCUGGAAUCUGGGCUGGUGGGUCUGGUCUCAAAGAGCAGUUGAACAGCUGUGUCCGUGUGUGAAGCUUAGGAAUCCUGAGGUUGGGGUAGGUUUUAGGAUUAUCAUGGAUUUCCAUGCCUGCCUUUAGGACAGGGUUGCCUAAACAGAAAAGAAGGCUGUACCUCAGAAGUUUUUUAGCAGACUCUUAAGGACUCUUGAGUGACAUUCUUUGCCCUUACACAAUGAUCCCAAACAUUGUGAACGUUUCAUGAUGCUAAUUUAGACAGGGAAUAUAAAAGAAAUAAAGGCUGUCAGUCUUGUAUCCAUCAGCACUGACCUUUCUGGUUAUUGCUGUUAUUAAUUUAAUCAGAAGUGAUUAGUCUCCGUGUUGUGCAGUGCGUUGUAGAGAGUUGUUGGGUUCGCUUUCGAUUGUACUGAAGGGUAUAUUUACAGUUCUGAUCACUGAUUCAGGGAUAUGUGAUGACAAAGAACAUAGCAGCCUUUUCCCUUCAGUCGAAAGAUUAUUGUUGAGCAUGUGUUUAACUUAAAAUCUUGCGUUCAAAAGUAAGGGCAUUUCAUUUAACCUUUAAAGUACUGUACUGUUUUAAGUUACUGCAAAUCCAUUCUCAUUAAUUGACAAUGUGUCCUGGUCCACUAGUCUGUGGUACCGUGCUGUACCACUACCCAGUCCUUACAAAUCCAUUUACUUCAAAUCAUUCUUAUGAACAUCUUGUUGCAUAUUUAACCCGGGUAAUGGUGGAGAAAAUGAGUUGUGUGUUCUCUCUGUGUUGAUAAUCCAUUUGAGAUUUUGAGUAGAUCAGAAGGGACGUUUUUCAGCCUUCUUUUCUAGUCCUGAGUGACUCUUGUUCCAGCUGGCACCUCUCUGUAGACAAACAGGACCCGUCUCGUCAAGCUCCCAAGAGCCGUACUGGAAUGAGUAACGUGCUGUUCGGGAUAGUUGUCUCGGCAACAUUUACUCUCGCCCGUGGUCAGAAAUCGCUACUGAAGUUUUUUCAUACGCCAUAAGCAACAGUGUGUGCUGAGGAGGCAACCUCGCGCACCAGGAAUUAUCCCUCCAUCCCCAAUUUUUCUCCCCUGUCCGUUUGGAAAUGGCGAUUGCUUUUCAAUCCGCCUUACCUCCACCAGUUCGGGGAAACAAGACUACUAUACAUGCGCGCCUCUUUCAGUGAGUGCCAGAAAGUCUGCUUCUUUCUGCUUUGCAUACCUGGGGUAUAAGCAGCUGAGCUGCUGCUUCAGGGGGACUUGACACACACCCUGCUGUCAAUGCGCUGGGCUCUCAGCCCUCCUGUCCGGAGACAGGGGUCACCACCGCGUUCCAACACCUGGAAGAAAUCAGCAAGCUGCUCGAGGCAGAACUGCAGCUAUCCUUUUAUACACUUACGAUAUGCAAGGACCAAAUCACCUUUGCUCAUCUAGUAAAGCAAGAAGACUUGUUUUUACGCGCGCUGUAAGGUAGAACACACGCAAAGCAUAUCAACGUGCCCACCUCUUAAUCAAGAUGAGCGUUUUGUGCUGUUCGUGUUGUAUGAGGUCUAUAGUACCGCUGGGAUUGGUACAGGUGACAUCUUCUUCUGUCUUUGUAUGAGAUUAUAUAUUUUUGUUGUUAUGUUGGCAAGUUUUUCACUGUAUUGGUCCCUGUUUUAGGUGUGCACUCGUGUGUAGGAGGUAUUUAUGCAGUGGGUCAUAAUUAAAGUCAUUUGAAAAUCGGGGAGCUACUGUAGAACGCAGAAGCGUGCGCCCAGAGUAACACUGGUUUAUACAAAGGGCAUUGUUUGUUUUAGACAUUUUCAAAAUGAAGCCGUCAGUUUAUAAAUAUCACAGUUUUCUCUGCAUUUAUAUAUGGAGUGCAUUCAGAAGUAAAUGUUAUCCUCUGGACAGAUCUUAUACUAUUUACUAUAUAUAAUCUAUAGGCGUCUUUUGGAUAAAGUUCAGGAUUUUGCCCUUUGCAAGUAUUUUUCUACAGAAAUGAGUCAAAUUACUAUAGAGAUUCUAUACAGUGUCACUUAAAAUUGUACAGAUAAAUAUAUCCUUGAUAAAGAGUUUGUUCUAAUUCUUCGAUGUUUCUACGGGUUUGUGUUUUCUCUUGAAGUCUUGAAGCAUUUCUGUGGGAUUGUUGGAGAGCAUCUUCUGUUCUCCGCAUCAAGACUGAAAAACAUCAGCUAGCUGUUCUGGAGAAACAGUGAAGUCAGUUCUUACAGGAUGCAUUUUCAUUUAAAGAUAUUAGAAGCUUGAAAUUCAGUAAAUUGGAAAAUGAAUUCCAUGUCUUUCCUUCGACUGUUUUUAAACCCAUAUGUUUUCCCAUGGUUUUCAGUGUCUUUAUAACAGGCAUUAAUCUGUAUCACAGCAUUAUUCUAGCUUUACAUUCUUUUUGUAUUCAAUAGAUACACGUCUCAUGUUGACGUGUCCUGUAUGUUUCUGUCUAUUUGUUUGAUAUAAUGACCCAGAAAUUUAAAACCUUAUCCUAGUAUCAAACUAGGGUUCCCAGUUCGCUCCUGGGAAUAGAUUUUUUGCAGUUUUUGUGAGCUCUUGUUGUAGAUUCAUUUUAGAAUCACAGAGGAGGGAGCGUGUUUAUUUGGCAAAGUUGACUCUGGAGAAAUGAUUUGAUUUGCAGGACGUUCAUUGUUGACCUGUCUAGUCUGGUCAGUCCCCUCCACUGUCUCUACACAAAGCGAGCGUUUUCCCUGACCUGCGUGCUCUGAUGAGAGAUUACCGCUCUGCGGCCUGCCUUCCUGGAGGCCGGGGUCUUCGUCUCGGAAGUUCUUGUAUUCCGAGCUGUUCUGUUCCGAUUAGAACCGCAGGCAGUUCGGCAGGGCCCGGUGCUCUCGCUCUGCAGGUCCGGCUCUGCGCCGAGUUCAGGAUCACUGCAGAGUCCGACUCGCUUAUCUGUAAAGCUGUCUGUCCUUACGGAUUCAAGGGGCCGAUGGGAGCGUUGUGAGACGGAAGGUAGUUGCAUAUACAGUAGAUCAGGGAAAAGUAAAUGCCUGGUGGUCAGCCAUCACAACGCAAUAAACUCAAGUCUAGUUUUGUUUUAAAAGCUUUGUUUCCCCCCCCAUGUGUGUGUGGAAAAGCCCUUUGCCUUUGUCCUCUUCUUCUUUUGACAGAUCUGAAUAUUCCCUGUAUAUAGUACAGUAUAGUCACUGCUGCAGGAAGUCCUGGGUUGUUGAGCUGUCCUGCGGAAUCGGAUCCACACAGUGUGCAGCUGCUCAGCAGUGCUGUGGGAAUGAAGCAACAGCAGCAGUGGCAUGUCCAGGUUCUGAACCCAGUCCCCACCUCCGUGGUGCCAAUGCCUGACAAAUUCGAAAUCCUGCCAGGGUUUUCCCUCAUGAGAGCGGGAGCCGUUCUCGUUCCCAGUGGAAGCCGCCGUGACCAGAGCGCUCAUUCCUGCGGGUCCUCUGGAUUUCACGGCCGGCGAGCGCCUGAGGACUCAGAUGUACAAUCAGACACGAUGGAGUCUGCCACUCCAAAAGGGUGACGGCUGUCACGUGACUUUCAACAUUUUAUAGUCGGAUUGAAAGCUGCAACUGUUUAAAAAACAGGAUACAUUUUGAGAAUGGGUCUAAUUUGUUUCAUGGUGGGUUUGAUUACCCACACAUAGCUGCGCCCAGGUGCACAAAGAACCACUACUUGAGAACAAGACACACAACUUGUUCCAGUCCCCACUCUUGUUCUGAACCAAUAACAUCUGAACUCCACUAUAAUCUGCAAUUUUAACUUCUUAGCAUUUUAAAGUCGAAAAAGUGCUUUUCUUCAUAUGUCAGUGGAGGCUGAGUUCAUUACCUCUUUUACCACCUGCCUGUUGCUUCGCCCCCCAGAGUCCUCUAGGCAUUCUGCAGCUCGGAGAAUACACUUUGUGUAUGGGUGUGCUUCAUAAGACUACAGCUCCCAGAGUGCCUUGCUGCUGCUGCUACUUGUACCCGAUGAAGUGCUGUUUUGUAGUCCGCAGGGAUUCUGCUGGCCUCUUUCCAACACGUGACACGUAUUGUUUUUUGGUCUGUCUUCGUGUAGCCACGCAACUCGUUCCUUAAGUGAUUUUAUUCACUGAAUAACUUUUUUUGAUAAGCUCAGUGGCUCACGCCUUGCGCCCAGAGGGUCGCGCCAGCUUCAGGAGAGAGCUCGUGCGAGUCUGUGCGCCGGGGUUGGGCUGGUCUUCUCGGCUCGGGAGAGCUCGCACGUUACCGCCUUCGUCGGCACAAGCUGUUUAUUUAUUUGAUACUUGGCUUUCUUGCAGUCCUGUUCUUACUGGAAAGUCUUAGGGCCUUUGUAGAAAUUGUUACACAGAUUUUACGUUGACUUCGAUUUGUAACGAGCUAACUUCAUUGCCGUCUGUGCGGCUCCUCACUUUACUAAUACCAGAUUUAUAAGCCGUCUUUUUUCUACAAGAAAACUUUUUUCAUCUGAUGACUUAGAAACAGGGACACUACUUUUAUCAGCGAUGGGGAACAAAGGGGGCUACGCUCACAACUUUUCAAGUGCCAGAGGUCUCCAGCCUUUGUGUACAAUUGGCAUCUUGUAUAAAAGUUCUGAUGCACAAAAUGCCAACUUUAACCGCUUACUCUCAAAUUGAAUCCACCAUUAUACCGGAUCUUUCUUUUCUGAAGCGUCAAUGACCAUUGCUGUGUAGGGAAAAACAGUCUCUCGGUUUUAAGUGGAUAUUGUUUCUGCAUAAUUUACAGCACUAAAACUAUUGUUUAUUGCUUGUUAAUUUGAUGAAUUAUAGCAGAUCAAGAUUUUAUACCAAUAAACAAAAUUUUUCCACCGUCCAAGAGCUAAGGAACGUUUGUAAGAACUGGUAUUUUCCAACAGAGAAGUUGUUGACUUGUUCCUGCUAAUUCUUACACAGGGCUUGGAGACCUCCGUUGUACAGCAGUGGCUACAGUAGGGUUUAGGUUUCGUGCAAUUUUUUUCUUUUUGUUUUUCUUUUUUUUUUCUCUUAAGUGAAGCUCUUGAGUUUGGGUUCCAAACUUCACAUUGAAGUUUUCUUCUACCCUGUUACAGAAAUCCAGUCAACCAAAAAGAGUGUCUUUCGACAGCAAAAGCAGAAACGCUUCACCACGAAGGAGAAGAUUGAUGAGGUGGGGGGGGGGUUCAGAUGAAUAAAGAUUCUGGGCCUUUGCGAUUUCAGGCUUUUAAAAGUAAUUCUUCUGAGUUUAAGCGGUGUGUUGGGUCAGCUGACGUCCUUGAGGGUCGUAGUCGUGAAGGGUUCUGCUGGUGUCUCCUUUGGCUUAGAAACAAACAUGAAGUUCAGUCUGUCAGCGGACAAGCAGCUCGAUUGUCGCUCACAGCUCAGGCGGACAUUUACCCAGAAGGCCCUGCGACCCUCGUGGGUCCACUGUUGUCCGUUGCUCCCGGUCUCCUGCGAGCUUCCGGGUGCAGCUCCGUGGGCUGCCGAUCGCCACUCGCGGCCGCCCGAUCCGGUUCACCCGACCCCCAAGAAUUCGGGAAGAGGCAGUGUGGUUGCUGGCGAUGGAGAAGGUGUCCCCUCUGUCAACAGAAUACCUUCUCUUUUUGUCCAGAACCUUUUUUUUUUGUUUGUUUGACUGUUUUGUGUUUUUUUUAAACGUGUUAAGUCAUGUAGUGUGUUCUCAGCACUGUAAGACAGUCCCUAUACAAUAUGGAGAAGCAAUAUCACUGUAUGAAACUCACACAAUGUAUUAUUAUUAUUGUUAUUAUUAUUAUUGUUAUUAUUAUUAUUCACUAGCACCCUAGGUGUGAUAAUUGAAGUAAAUAUCUUUUAUACAAACACAAAGCUGGCGUGUGGUGUGUUUAUUGAAAUUUUCCAGAAGAGAAAACACAUGGGGUUUUGCUUAAGAUGUCCCAGUACUGGUUCGGGGUCUGUAGAAGGAAUCAAACUGCUGUGCAUCGGGGUUGUGUACCACAUGAUAUGAUCCUGUCUCAUAAAGACGUUUUAGGCUGCGUUCCUGACGUGCUCUAGAGAAGAGAAAAACUGAUUUGACAGCAGGUUCUUAAGAAUUUGUGACAUAGUGUAUGUAUGUAUGUAUGCUUCAGUUGUUGUGUUCGUGUUAAUAUACCAGUUACCAUCUUGCCUGGUUAUUUAAAGCAAAGUUCUACAGAAAAACAAACAUGUCUCAUUCUGGAGAUACUGUAUUUGCUCUGAAAAAAAUAAUGCAUGUUUUUUUUAAUGCCGCAGGAUUAACAAAAUCAGCUGACAUAGGCUAAUGAAAAAAUCACCAGACUGUCCUUUUUCCCUGUGAAUACACUGUGCCAGGCCUCAGGGGUGCACAGCAUGUACCCAAGGAUAAGUGCCAUUCAUAGACGUUGCUCACUUGCACAGAGAGCUUGAUCCCCACCUUCUUUUUCAGCCCAGUGCUCUUUUCUCAAGAUGCUGACAGAGGAGGGCUGCAGAGCAGUUCUUAGUAAAGCCCUCUGCUCGGAGCACAGGCUGCUAGUCCAGAGAUCACUCUGCCAGGUCUGAACAGGUGAGGGUUCGUUUGUGCAUUAUCGCAAUGGUUUUCCACUUGUUCUACAGCGAUUCAGCUGGAAAAAAAAGCUGGCCGUAUGUGCAUCUCUUGCCAGUAUUUCUCUGUAGCCAACACAGGGUAGUCAGGGCUUGCAGCCCAUCAGCAGUCUGCUGCCGCUCAGCGGAGAACCGGGGAGUGGUGUCAAGGCGUGAUGUCCGGAUCAGAACCAAGGAAAGGACAGGAUCUUUAACAUGACUCCACUGGGGACAUAUUGCCAUUGCCUAAAACACACUGGGUGGCAGGGGUGCUUCCUUUGGUCUUGUUUGGUCUUUGGUCUUCCAAUUUAGCUGCCCAUGAGUGUGUUUUGCAAAAGGCGUUCUCUCUCGGUGGCAGCAUCGCUGUACAUUACGUUUUCAUUCAUUACCUGAGGUAAGUACGGCACAAAUGAGUAACUGAAAUUUAAGUAGAUCCUGAUCCAUUUGCUCAUCUCCUAACUUUGUCCUACUUGAAGUAGUCUCACAGGGGAUGACAGUCCCCUGCAGCUUGUGAGUCGCCCUGCGUGUACUGCGUUCUCCUGUAACAUCUUCUUGCUUUGACCAUAUCGCAUUACGCAAGUGUCCCCAUAUGACUUUCCUGCUUCACUUCACCAGUAAUUUCCAUCAUUUUUGAUGUAAAGGUUUCUAGUUUAGGGUUUCUUUGGUCUGUGCAGGUCUCCGAAAAGUCCUGAUUUAUUCUCUAGAAACAGACACUGUGCAUCAGGGUGUGCAUCCCACAAAACCUUUAGGGACCUCUGUGUCACUUAUGGAAAAUCAUACUGACAUCAAUUUUGUUUUUCAGCUGUUGAUAGCGAAGAAUAAAAACAAACCAAGUGCCUUUGUGCUGCAUUUCUGCCUAAAUGGCCUUUUCACCCAGGCGUGAAGCAGAUGUGUCAUUCCUCCCUUCAGCAGCAGUAGCUGUGGCGAAGGUGGUGAUGCACGAACGUCAUGGCAGUCUCCUCUGUGUGGGGGCCCUUGU